UUCACCUAACGUGUAGACAAAGUUCUUCAAGAAUUUAAAAAAAUGUUUAUUUUAAUUUCAACUUUUUUGUUAUGUUCACAAUUUCUUAUAUCGAAGGCUGAUCUCGAGGUAAUACUGUUGGAUUUUAAAUUCGAAUAUUACGAUCUUGAUUAUUUCAAAGAUAUGGAUUCCGAUGUAUGGGGUAAUGAAAUCUUUAUAAAUGUAACAAUAACUAACUUUUUACCAGAAGAAGCUGAACUACGAUUGCAAGUUAUUGGUGCAACCAUGGGGGAGUACAUAGUACCAACAGGUAUUGACUUUUUAUAUUCUCUAUGUGCGGGUUUAAAAGAACCGAACAUUAUGACAUCCGCCAUAAACUAUUUGGAACCUCCUUUAGACGACUGUCCGCCUAAACCGGGAAGUUAUGUUGCUGACGCUACAUUCGACGAUUUCAGUACAUUUCCAGAAAAUUUUCCUCCUAACAAUUAUUUCGUCAAUACUACUGUCUUCACUCCAGAAAAAAUAUUCCUCGAAAUGCAUGCUUAUGUGUCUACGCGUUAAAAAAACAAAGUAAAUAAAUAGACCUUUUGCUUACAAGCUCAAAAUCAUGAAAAUAAGAAUUAAAUUAAAAUUGUUCUUGUAAUUAAAAAUAUAAUAAAAAUAUUGCAGAAUCUAA